GAACGUUUGCACUUUUCAGGCUGAGUGUAAGAAAGAUGAAUGUGAAAAUAUACUGGCCUCAGCAAGCGAAUUAUAUCCCUUGAAACGGAAAAAAGCAAAGCUUAUCUCCCUUCAUCUCAGAGAAGAAAAGCCAUGUUUUCCUCUCUCGUCGGUGCGAGCGCGUUUGUAUCGCAGCUGUGGAGUGGGGCGCCUGAUGCAGCAGGAAAGAUCUCGGACGUGGGCGUAGUUGGUUCUGAAAAGAUCUCUGAUCUUCUGGUACCGGCUACUGUUGCAGUAAGAGAAAUCGAAGAAGACGAUCUUGAGCGCAUCAAAAUGAAUCCUAAUGUGCUGGGAGAUGAAGAAGACUCUUCAUGGAGCCGGACCGCAGAUGAAGAAAUUGCAGGCUCAGUAAAGCGCGACGAAAUAGAGGUGGAGGCAAUAUUAGGAGCAAAAGACGGCAUAGCAAAUAGCACAGCGAGGAACAUCGCUAUUCCGAAAGAUGACGUCGACAUACACGUAUCAGAUGAUGAAAGAAUUCCAUCUCCAGCUGCAGCGUCCGCUCCAGCCCCAGAAGUAGCGGAAGGGGAAAGAGCAGAAAACAAUGGGGACACUAUUACAACUUCAUUUUCUUCUAGCUCAAAGAAAGAAAGUGAGGCUUCAUCUGCUUUAAAGGCCAACGAGCCGCAACGGGCGGAAGAACAUGAACAGGAACUACCUUCAAUCGAAGUAGAACAAAAGCAGGUAAAAGAAGGUGAGACCACUCAGCCAAAACUACGUGAAGAUGAGAGAGCGCAAAGACAGGAAACAUCAUAUGAUCCCCCACCAUCACCAGCCGCUCCAGUGGUGACAACUACGCCAGUGCCUCCAUCAGGCAAUGACGUCUUUUACAUUACGGAGAGCAAGGUGGGUGCUACCAUCGACAUAGCCGCUCAAAUAGCACAGCUCACAGCUGGAGGAACGGUAAAACCUAGUAAUCCUACACCUACACAAGGAAGAUCUACUUCAAAGACAACAACUACAAACAGUGCAGGUGAGCACUCGAGGCAGCAAGCAGAAGUGUCCGAGUCUACGGCCACUUGCGGCAAAUCGUCAUCUAGUACAUUUUCGGGAGAUGAUACAAACAGUAUUUUUCAUCCACCUCAGGGACGAAGUUGCGCUCGAGCGCAAGUACGCAGCACAACAGAUAGCAUUAACGAUGAGAACGCGGAUAGUACUGGACAACCGCGAGCAGCAUUAUUGAAGGAUGCUGAUACAACAUCAGUAGAUCCAUCUAGUUCUACUUUUCCCAGUGCCACGUCCUCCGAUUCAGCGGAACAAGAACAACAAGAUGAUGAUGAAGCACCUUCAAUCGAAGAAGAAGUAGCGUAUUUCGACCUCACGCAAUACCUUGACCAGAAGGGCAGCAAGAAUCUUCAAAACACCUUUGGCGUGCUUGGCCCGCCUCAAGCUUCGGAGAUACUUGAUAAGUACAUCCUACAACCAAACAACACCUUCGAUCUCGUUUAUUUGGCGGAACCACUAGCCACGACAAAGGUGGCUGGCUACUCCAUUUUCUCGCAGAUAGGCGAUGUCGCGAUACGCCAGACGCCCCCAAUGGAUGAGAGGAUUGCACUGCUGUACGUUCCUAUAUUAGCUCAGACGAGGACGAGCACAGGUACGGGACAAUAUGGUGAAGACGUGGAGGCUAGUGAAGACGUGCGGCAGAUGAAUGACGGCGUUGUUAAUGACGAUUAUGGUCAUUUGCGUGUAACCUGAUCAAAAUCAUGUGCAAGUGCAUCCUUGUUACUAUUAAUUACGUUUUUUACAACUGACACUGAGAUCAUUAUGUUAAUAUGAACUAUUAAUUACGUUUUUUACAACUGACACUGAGAUCAUUAUGAAAACUAGAUUCUUGAUCCAGCACUCUAACAUUCGAGAAUAUCGCAUGUUGCUGAGACGAUUUUCCUGAGCCUUGCGAGUACCUAUUCGCAGAUGCUUCCGCCUGGAGGAGUGACUGUUACUUAUCUGAAACGCGCGGCAGGGGACGUGGGUCAAAGUUAAGGGUAUAGUCGCUUACCGUUACUCAAGCAGAACAACUUGGCAGGUUGUACUUGUACUCUCCACUUCGACUAUGAAACGAAAAAGUGAACUCACACUCAAGGAAUUGGCUACGAUUUAAGUAGGAAAGUAGCCACUUUUUUUGAGUGUGAGCGCACUUUCUUCUUUCAUAUCCACAGCUCCACUUGUUCUACAGUAGUACUUGCACAGCUCCACUUCCACUGGCACACUGAAAAUUAUUUCAUCAAGCUUCCUCUAAGAAAAACUGCUCAGCGAUCUCGGUGAGGGCCUUUUCUACGUGGAUCGGCGCAGCGGGGAAGCACAGAGGAACUUGUUUUCAAAUCAUCAGCACUAACGCUAGAACAAGGCUUGCACAGAGUAACAGAACCAAUGAGGCAUUCAGUUUGAGCAGGUUCAGGAAGUUGAAUCUAUUUCGAAGACCUACAACUUCUAGCGGUGGAUGUAUCAAAGAAAAAGAGAUAAUAUGUUCCAAAACCAAAUGCAAAAGCAAGA